AUGUCGUCCGACGGAGAGUUCACCAGAACCCAGAUUUUUGGAACUGUGUUUGAAAUUACCAAUAGAUAUACAGACCUCAACCCUGUUGGAAUGGGUGCAUUCGGUCUUGUUUGUUCUGCAAUCGAUAAACUCACAGGACAAAACGUUGCUGUUAAAAAGAUCAUGAAACCAUUCCUGACUUCAGUAUUGGCCAAGCGUACAUACAGAGAAUUGAAGUUGUUGAAACAUCUUAGACAUGAAAAUCUUAUUACUCUUGAUGAUAUUUUUUUAUCUCCAUUAGAAGAUAUCUAUUUUGUUACUGAACUUCAAGGUACUGACUUGCAUAGGCUUUUAACCUCUAGACCAUUGGAAAAACAAUUCAUCCAGUACUUCACAUAUCAAAUAUUACGUGGGUUGAAAUACGUGCACUCAGCUGGUGUUAUCCAUCGUGAUUUAAAACCAUCCAAUAUUUUGAUCAAUGAAAACUGUGAUUUAAAGAUUUGUGACUUUGGAUUAGCUAGAAUCCAAGAUCCUCAAAUGACUGGGUAUGUUUCUACUCGUUAUUAUAGAGCUCCAGAAAUCAUGUUAACCUGGCAAAAAUAUGAUACUGAAGUGGAUUUAUGGUCAGUUGGAUGUAUUUUAGCAGAAAUGAUCGAAGGUAAACCACUCUUCCCAGGUAAGGAUCAUGUUCAUCAAUUUUCUAUUAUCACUGAAUUAUUAGGAUCUCCACCACCAGAUGUCAUCGAUACUAUAUGUUCUGAAAAUACCUUGAGAUUUGUUCAAUCAUUACCUCAUAGAGAUCCAAUCCCAUUCACCGAAAGAUUCCAACAAUGUACUCAUGUUGAACCAGAGGCAAUCGACUUACUUGAUAAGAUGUUGGUCUUUGACCCAAAGAAGAGAAUCAGUGCUGUUGACGCCUUGACCCACCCAUACAUGGAACCAUACCAUGAUCCAACCGAUGAACCAGCAUGUGAAGUGAAGUUUGAUUGGAGUUUUAAUGAUGCCGAUCUUCCAGUGGAUACAUGGAGAGUUAUGAUGUACAGUGAGAUCUUAGACUUUCACCAAAUUGUUGGUGCUGGACAAGCCCAAGAAGAUCAAUUAGCUCAAAUUCAACAAGAGGGAAUCCAAGCACCAAGUAAUGGUCAACAACAAAAGGUAGAGUAA